AUGCGUGCUGCACUCGCUUUCCGAGCGCCGUGUCGGGGACUUGUCGUUCCGUCCUGGGAAGCAACUCGAGGUCGGUGUUUGAUUUCGCCACGAAAGUGCCCGUUAUCGUUGAGUCGUCGAAGUGUGGCAGGUUUGGUGAGAACGACUCGCCGUCGGGGUCUGUACGGCUGCACGACGCCCGUGGCACAGUCUCGGGACGGUGCCACUGCACCGACGAGCGCUCCGGUCUACCCCGGAGUGGACGGCAAACCGAAUGUCAUUCAAGUCCUGGAAUCGAGAGGCCUCAUUGACGCGGUGACCUCUACUGAUGUGUACGCGGUCUGUGCCCGACCGGUAGCAGUGUACGUCGGCUUCGAUCCGACGGCGGACUCGCUCCACAUAGGUAACCUCCUGGGUCUACUGGUUCUGCGUUGGUUCCAAAAACUGGGGCAUCGCCCUGUGGCUAUCAUUGGCGGUGCAACUGCCCGUAUCGGUGACCCGUCAGGCAAGAGCGUUGAACGACCGCUCCUUGCUGCGAGUGUCAUUGAAGAGAAUGCCGCACGAAUCGCUGAAAACCUGCGGCAAGUGCUGGAUUUCAGCGGGGAUUCUAGUUCAACGACGGAGCCGCUGGUUCUCAACAAUUACGACUGGCUUGGCAACAUGAGAUUACUCGACUUUUUGCGUGACGUAGGGAAGCUCGCGCGAGUCGGGACAAUGCUGAGCAAGGAAUCCGUUCGUCUUCGGAUGCAGAGCGAAGAGGGUCUCUCAUUCACCGAGUUUACGUACCAGCUGCUGCAGGGAUACGAUUUUGCGUAUCUCUAUAAAAAUCACCAAGUCCUGCUGCAGGCAGGGGGCUCGGACCAAUGGGGCAACAUUGUGGCUGGACUCGAGCUCACUCGUAAACUUUACGGGGGCACUGUGCAUGGUCUGACGUUUCCACUCCUUACCAGCAAGGAUGGCAAAAAGUUGGGAAAGACAGAGAAGGGCGCUGUAUGGCUUUCGCCACAGCGCCUGAGCCCGUACGAAUUCUACCAAUAUCUUGUCAAAGUAGCAGAUGAUGAUGUUUGCAAUUAUCUGCGGAAGCUCACAUUCCUGCCUCUGGAACAAAUCGACGCCCUCGAAAACGACAUGCGAAACUCGGAACGGAGCGGCUACCAAGCAAAUACAGCCCAGAAACUCUUGGCUAUGGAAGUCACUCGCAUAGUUCACGGCGACAAAGGCGUCGAGACGGCAUUAGCUGCCACCGCGGUCGCUGCACCCGGGCACGUACCCGGCGGUGAACACACCAACGGUAGCACGCGCUUACGAGCUGAUGUGUUAGAAGCGGUCUCCAGCAGUCUACCGGGUGCGACGCUUCCCCGCACUGCGCUCGUCGGUGUGCCACUGGUCGAUGUUAUGGUUCGAGCGGGUCUCCAGAAGAGUAAGGGAGAGGCGCGGCGCCUCAUUGCGAACGGUGGUGCCUACGUCAAUGACGAAAAAGUGUCCGACAGUGGGAGAACCAUCGAAGCAACAGAUUUAAUUGAGGGACGACUGCUUCUGCUAGCGGCUGGCAAGAAAAACAAGAUGCUCGUUCGGGUGAGCGAUACCUAG